AUGAGGACUAGAGGCAGAGAUGGUACUGUUGCGGGUCGGGCCAUUGCGGUUGCUGAUGAGGCUGGUACCUCAGUCUUACGUGUUGGACGCGUUCCUCCGAACGGUUCUAACCGAAAACAGAGGACUGAGCAGGCGGGUAGGGGGUUCCGUGCACCUCACUGUCGGGGUGGUAGAACAUCCACUGCUGUGGACGAGCAGGUGCAUCAGGAUGAGGUUGCUGAGGUUGAGGCGGUGGUUGUUGUUCGGGAGCCGGCUGUUGUUGAGGAGCAGGUACCUGUUGCUGAUGAGGAGGUUCCUAGAGUUGAGGAGCGGGUAGCUGUGGUUAAGGAGGGGGUUGCUGAGGAGCGGGUGGUGCAUGAUACAGACACCACUACAGGUACAUCUACUGAGUCAUCAGUACACAUUGAUGGAGGUUUUCCAGGAGGAUAUUCUAACAGGCUCGUUUUGACAGGAUAUGCUGACCAUGUCGCUUAUAGGAUAUGGCAGGGCAAAGAGCGUCCAGUGCUGAAGCUCACUUCUCACAGGUCAAAGUUGAAGAACUUCCCCGAGAGACCGAUGCCUGAGCAGGAGCUUGUCAAUGCAGAGAGGUACCAGGCUGCCGCUAGGGCGUACAUGUUAUGUACUCUCUUUGCAAACAAGUCUGGGGUUUAUAUAGAUGCCCUCUAUCUUACUCUCUUCAGCAACCUUGAGAACCCAUGUUGGGCUUGGGGAGUGGCUGCUUUGACGAUGCUAUACACGGCGCUUAAUGCCACUUCUCAUCCUGACACCAGACAGCUUGCUGGUUAUCUGAGCUUGUUACAGGUGGAAGGCCAAAUAGACCCUUCCAGGAGACAAAACCUUGAUGGAGUACAUGCGGAGGCUGGAUGCUUUGACGCUGGAUGA